AUGUCUAUUGUUGUUGAUUUAGAUGAUCCGAAUAAUAUAUCACGAUUAUUUAAUCUUGAGAAAAAUUGGCUUAUUGGAAAAACAAUUUUAAUAAAUAAUAAUUUCAAUUCAUUAAAUCAAAUUUUUAAUCUUAAUGAAAAUUCAACAAAUGAAAAUACGAAUGAUAUUACUGAUCAUGCUCGAUUGCAACAAGUUCAACGUAUACAUAUAUUAAGUCAACAGUUAAUACAAAGACCAAAUCGAACAUGUUUAUCAGAUAUAAAUGAUACAAUAGAUAUUCCAUUACAAAAUGAAAAGAAAAUAUUACGAAAUAUUAUACCAUCACAAAGUAUUCUAUUUGAAUUAGCUCAAAAUAAACCUGAUAAUACACGUUGGGCUAAUACAUUGCAAGAUGAAGAAGAAAUACUUAGUGAUGAUGAUGGUUUUCAAUCUGCUUCAUCAUCUGUUUCUGAUGAUAAAAAAUUAAAAUUAACUGUAGUUUCUAUUGAUCAAUCAGAUCUUUGGUCUCGUGCUUUAUUACAAAUUGAAAAUAAAUAUUUCACAUGGGAACAACGUGGCAGUUAUAUCUAUAAUCGAACACGUCCAUUUCUAUUUGAUCUUCGUACUGAUGAUCGACCUUUUCAACAUAUAUGUUUACUUCUUUUAUUUAAUAAACCAACCGAAUCUUAUUCUAUUGAUAUUAAUUAUCAUCCCAUAGCUGUUGAUGAAUUUCUUCGUGAUCUUUGUUAUAUGCUUAUGGGUAUAUCAUCUCAAACAUUUGAAUGGAAUGAGAUUAAUCAAACAUUUGAACUUAAAUCAGAUAUGUAUGUUCUUGGUUAUACACAAAUAACCAUCGAAAAAUUUUCAUUAAAAUAUAUUCAAGCUGGAAAUCAUUUCUAUUUAAUUAAACAAUAUGUUAAUCAAUCAACAAAAAUAUCUGAAACAGAAAAUGAAUUUUGUCAAGCACUACGAUGUUAUUUACGUUAUAUACAAAAAUCUAUUGCUGUACAUGAUAUUGCAAAAUAUUCUUUAGUUAAAUUUGCGGCUCAACUUGAUCCAAUUCUUUGCAGUCUUGAUCUUCCAUUAUCUUUAAUAUCAACUAUAAAUGAACUUGAACAAACAAUACAUACUUCAUCACCAAAUACAUCAAUAGCUUUUGUUAAACUUUCUUCGAUUUUACAUACACUUCUUAAUCAUAAUUAUCAUACAAUUGAUCAUAAUUAUUUUCUUUUACUUAUUCAUUUUGUAACAUAUACAUUACGACCAUUAUUAUCUUUUCUUACGGAUCUUAUUAUUCAUUCAAAUUAUCUUGAUCGUUAUAAUGAAUAUCCAAUUUUAUUUAAUUAUAAUCGUUUAAUAGGUUUAAAAACAAAUGAUUUCUGGACAAAAACAUUCACAAUACGUUAUUUAUAUGCUAAUAAUACAGAUACAAUAUUUCAUCAAAUAUUACCUAUUGAAUAUUUACAACAUAUGGUUAAUAUAACACGUUCAUUAAUGUUAAUUAAAUUAUGUGAUAAAAAUCAUCCAUUAUGUCUCAUAACAACAACGAUAAAACCUGAAUUAAAAUUUCUUUAUAUGAAUUUAUUAGAGAGUAGUGAUCAAAAUCAAAUAUAUAAAUAUCAAAAGGAAAUGAAUGAGAAAAUCUUAGAAUAUGAACAAGCACAAAAACAAAAACGACUUGAUAUUGAACAAGCUAAAGUUCAAGAACGAAUGGAACUGUAUGCUCGUCAAGAUCAACAAAGAGCUGAAAGAAAAAAAAUUGCUGAUGAUGAAAAGCAACGAUUACUCAAAGGCAAACAAAUUCUACUCGAUGAAUGGCAAGAACAAAUAGAUAAAAAACAAAAACAAUUGAAAGAUGACAAACUUACCGAACAAAUUGCAGAUGCUGAAUUGAAUAAAGUUACUUCAACAACAACAAUUAUUGGUUCUCGUCUUGCUGCACCUUAUGCUGAUCUUGUAGAAAACGUUCGGAAAGAAAUUAUUGCUGAAUAUGAUGUUAAAAUGCGUGAUGCUAAUGAAAGAGAAGAACAAUUUCGUAAAAGAGUUCAACCUAAUAUUACUACAGAUACUCCAAAAGAAUUUCAAUCGACAGAAUCUCCCGCAUCUUCAGCAAGUUUUCAUACACCAGCGAUUGAUACAUCACCAACAAUAGUUCCUAUUAUUGAUAAUAAACCAGUCAUUCCUAUUUCUUCUCCAACAACUAUUGAAAAUACUGAAGAUACUGAAACACUUGAUUUAAUGUCUACAAUUCCAAAGAUUGAAACACAAAUAGUACAUAAACCCAUAGAAAAAACUAUCAUUCGACAUACAGCAACUGAAGAAACAACUGAAGCACAAUAUCGUCCUGUAGUUAAACUUGUCUCUAGUAAUGUACUUAAAUCAACAAUCCAGAAUUAUAUGAUUGAUCAUAAUCCACUUGAUGAUAGUCAAGAUGAAGAAGAAUUACCAGAAAAAAUCUAUGAUUGGGAUGCUAUUAUUGCAAAUGGACCUCAAUUUAAAUACAACGAUACAUUCAAUUUCCAUAUCAAAGAAAAAGAGCCUCAAUUAUCCAAUGAAAAUUUUGCUAAAUCUUGGUUUAAUUAUGAUAUGUCACCAUUACGUGUUUGGUUAGAACAUUCAAUUUCACCAUUAAUAUAUGUUCAAUCUCAAUUAGUAAAUCGUGCAUUACUUAAUUAUUUUUUUGAUGAAUUAAAAUUAUUAUAUCAUUUAAAUAAUCUUCGUUCAUAUUAUUUUCUUGCAACAGGUCGAUUUGGAGUUGCAUUUUGUUCAGAAUUAUCACGAAUAUUGUUAACAAAUGAUGAUGUACAAAUUAUCUAUCGAGUUAAUUCUAUGCGUCAAAUUUUAUAUACAUCAUUAGAUCAAGCAGGAGAAUUAAAUAAUUUAACUGAUGUUCUUCAAUUAACAGCAAAAAUGGAUAUACCAAAUUCAAUAAGUCUUUUAGAUUCUACAUUAUUUGAUUAUUUUGAUUUACAAUAUAAUAUACAAUGGCCAUUAAAUAUCGUGAUUUCACCAGAUAUGUUAGAAAAAUAUAAGAUUAUAUUUCGAUUUCUUCUUCGAAUAUUGAUUGUUAAACAAGUACUUAAUGAAAUAUGGAUUAUGCUUAAAGCUUGCAAAAGACAAAAUUCUACCUUAACACCAUUACAUCAAUAUAGACAUCAAAUGCAACACUUUAUGACUGUUCUUAGUAAUUAUAUAACAAAUCAAGUUAUACAAAUUGCUUGGAAUGAAUUUUUACGUAAAAUACAAAAAGCUAAACAUAUUAAUGAAAUAGCUGCAGCACAUAGUGAAUAUUUAGAUAAAACAAUGUUAAAUUGUCUUCUUACUCCAAAUGCAGCUCCAAUUCUAAAUGAAGUUAAUCGUGUUUUAACAUUAAUUAUACGUUUUCGUUGUCAAUUAAAAACAUUCUCUUGGAUUCUUGAUGCAACAUAUACCGAUGUAUCCGAUACAAGUAUACAAGCAUUACGUACAACAUUUGAAAAAUAUCAUAUUGCUGUACUUUCACUUUUCAAAGUUUUAUCAAAACUUGUUGAAAAAGGAUAUAAAACAUCAUUGGGCGAUUUACUCAUACGACUUAAUCAUAAUGGUUAUUACAAUCGAAUAGCUACGUCUUCCAUUCGACAACAUUAG